CUGGAGCUCAGAACCGCAGACAGCCCGCCUCCAGGUCCGUCUUUAGGCCGGGACACUGAGCAGAUGUUGAUGCUGCCGAAAGACACCCCCCAGAAAUGCUUCCCUCUCCAGCUGUGAACACAAAGAAUUAGUGCUUUCUGAUUGAUCGGACACGUAGUCGCAGCAUCUGGUGAGACUCAAACUACGUAGAAAAAAACUGUUCUGACACAAUAUGAGUUCUGGCUUUGUGAGGCGAAGAGAACGAGAUCCAGAGACAAAGACAGAGAAAGAAAGGUGUUCCUGAUGUGUGAUUAGUGGGUGGCCCUGCCCCCAUAUUUAAGGGAAGCUGGAGGAGAAGGAGCUCAGCCUUCUGUCCAUCUGGGUUUUUCUUUUUUGCUCCUUGUUUUUGUGUUAAUUUCUUUUGAGGAUGGAGGUCUGAGGCCUGUACUACGAAGCGAGUUCAACAUACCCAGGGUAUUGUCUCGUUAUCUGGCUUAACUAACCCUACACACGAGAUCCCACUAAGCGGUCCUACGAUGGUGGUUAUCAACUCGUGUGAGUUUCCUCUCUAAAGGAAGAAGAAGGGCGGACGGUCCUCUCACAUCGAGGCCUGCAGAGAGGAGGUGAAGACAGACGCGUCAUCAGAGCGUCAUCAGAGCAGAGCACGUGUCCACAGUGAACUGGGCGAGGCAGCCGACACACUGCUGGAUGAGCCAUCAGUCUCACUUUCAGUAGGAUCCUUACAAGACGGAGCAAGUUCUUCAGAUGGAGGCCUCAAAGAAGAAUAUGUCAGACCUGGAGAGUGGCAUGGUCACUAUUAUCAAAGUUUUCCACAAAUACUCGGGUCACAAGUGCAACCUGAAGAAAGCAGAGCUCAAAGAGCUUAUCAACAAUGAGAUGAGUCAUUUCAUAAUGAAAAUCCAAGAGAAUGAGAUUCUGGAUGAGCUGUUUGCGGACCUCGACCAGAACGGAGACCUGGAGAUUGACUUCAAAGAGUUCAUCGCCCUCAUCGCCAUGGUGACCUCCUCAUGCCAUGAGCUCUUCCUCCCAAGCCACCCCAAUGAUUAGUUAGCACGUAUACUCAUUAAAAAUGUGAGAAUCAUAGAAAAA